GUUAUUUAAACCCAUUUGCUUCUCUGUAACGGCAGAAUCGAACCCGCUCACAGUCCUCUCUCUCAUACCAAAAAAAAAAAUCUAGUGCAAGGGUUUUUCGAAAAACCAAAAAGAUCGAAUUUUUAUCGCUUUUAGGGUUUCUUUGGCCAUGCCGUUCUUAGUUCGCGAGGGUCUCUUCUUCGGCAACAUCACCGACGCCGCUCAAACCCUAACAUCGCCAUCAAACUCGUCAGGGAUCACUCACAUCCUCUCUCUUCUAAGCUCAGCUUCGAUCUCCUUCUUCAGCGAUUGGAAGCCCGAUAUCAAGAUCCCAACUGAAGAGAUCAAGAAGGUUUACGUCGGCGAGAUCGAUGGCGAGGGUAAGCGAUCGCUGUCGCCGGAGAAGCUGUUUUAUUCAUUGGAGAUGGCGGGAGUUGAUUUGAAGUUGAAGAGGAUGGCGGUGCCGUUGAGGGAUACUGAGGAUGAGGAUUUGUUGGAUUAUUUGGAUAUUUGUUUGGAUUUUAUUGAUGAGGGGAGGAAGGAAGGGGGUGUUUUGGUUCAUUGCUUCGCUGGAGUUUCGAGAAGUGCUGCUAUCGUUACGGCUUAUCUAAUGAGAACAGAAAAGAAGUCUCAAGAAGAUGCACUUGAAUCCCUUAGGGAUAUAUAUGAAUCUGUAUGUCCGAAUGAUGGCUUCCUUGAGCAGUUAAAAUUGUUUGAGGAUUUGGGUUUCAAAGUUGAUACUUCCAGCCCAUUGUAUAAACGCUUUCGGUUGAAAGUAUUAGGUCAUUCUUAUAAGCAAGGCGAGAAGGUAGAUAGUUCCAUAUUUGAGAAGGAUCCGGGUCUGCGUCCAGAGUCCAAUGCAGCUGAGGUGACGACCAAGAUGGAAAAGCCAAAUACUGUUUAUCGGUGCAAGAAAUGUCGAAGAAUUGUUGCCAUGCCAGAAAAUGUUGUUAGCCACACGGCAGGUGAGGGAGAGUCAUCCUUUGGAUGGCAGAAGAGGAAGAGUGGAAACCCAUAUAACCGAUAUGGGGAGGUGGAGUGUACUUCUAUGUUUGUUGAGCCUCUUAAGUGGAUGACUACUGUUGAAGAGGGCGCACUGGAAGGAAAACUGACGUGCGUCAAAUGUGAUGCUCGCUUAGGGUACUUCAACUGGGCUGGCAUUCAGUGCAGCUGCGGCAGCUGGAUCACUCCAGCCUUCCAGAUUCAUAAGAACAAGGUUGAUAUUAGCAAAGAACUGCCCUAACAUUAUCUACUACAUCGGAACUGGAAGAUACAUAAAAAUAUAUACUCUUGGGUAAUUGAUGUUGUGGAGGUUGUUUGUUAAUACGAGCACUCUGGUGUCAUGAAGAUAUAUGCUUAUGCUUUCAGUAAUAAUUAUCUUUUACGGCCAAACUGCAGAUCCUUUUUUCGACAUUCACGUGUGAGAUUGUUCUUUAUAUGCUCACUAGUUUUUCGAACUCGGUUUGUAUAAGAAAAAUACUUAAUUCUGUAUUUAUAUCCACCAGCCAAAAUGCCAUAGUGGCAAUUGUAUAUACAUAAAAGAGGGGAGUUACUCCAAGCCUAUUGAGUUUUUUUUACAAGGAUUUUUUUUUUUUGA